AUGGCGUCUCACGGCUUUGACAAGCGUCAAGCCUUCUUCAAACGUGUAGCGGGCAAAUUUGGUGUUAGCAAGAAGUUCCCAGGGGUCUUUGAAGCCAGAGCUGACGAUGAGCGCAAACCCACUCCUGAGAACUACACGAUGCUCCAGUUCUUUGAGUGGUAUGUCCCGGCCGACCACCAGCACUGGCAACGCCUGCUUCGCGCUCUGCCGGAGUUGAAGAAGAUUGGUAUCGACAACAUCUGGAUACCUCCUGCUUGUAAAGCCUCGACGCCCGAGGGGAACGGUUACGAUAUCUACGACCUGUACGACCUAGGAGAGUUCAACGCAAAGGGAUCUGUCGGAACAAAAUGGGGUACAAAGGAAGAGCUGUUUGAGGUCUGUAAGAAGACGAACGACCUCGGGAUCGGGCUAUACUUUGAUGCUGUCUUAAACCACAAGGCUGGCGCAGACAAUUGGGAGACCACCAAAGUUGUCAAGGUCGACCCGAACGACCGCACUCAUGAUAUCUCGGGACCCUACGACAUUGAUGCCUGGGUAGGUUUCGACUUCGAGGCAAGAGGAGACAAGUACAGCAACCAGAAAUACCAUUGGUACCAUUUCUCCGCGACAGAUUACGAUCAAAGAACCCAAGAGACUGCCGUCUACAGGAUCCUGGGAGAGAACAAGCAUUUCGCAACUGACGUGGACAACGAACGAGGCAAUUAUGACUUCCUCAUGUUUGCUGACUUGGAUUAUGCGCAUCCCGAAGUGCGGUCCGACGUUAAGAACUGGGGUCCAUGGCACUACUCGGAGGGAUUUCUUCUCGAAUUUGUCCAAAACCUGGAUAAGCAGCUCGGACGAGACACUUUCUGCGUCGGCGAAUUCUGGAAAACCUCACGAGACUCACUCACGGCAUAUCUGGACAAAAUGCACCAUAAAUUCACCUUGUUUGACGCGCCAUUGGUCGAGUCCUUUCAUCGUGUCUCAAUGACCGAACGAGCCGACCUCCGCAGCGUCUGGGACGGCACACUCACGCAAGUCGAACCGUGGAACAGCGUCACGCUCGUCAUGAACCAUGACACGCAACCCAGUCAGGCGCUUCAGAUUGAUGUCGCGGAUUGGUUCAUUCCUCUUGCUCAUGCGUUUAUCCUUCUGCGGAUUGACGGCUACCCGUGUCUCUUCUAUGGCAACAUUUAUGGCAUCAAAGGCGGUGUUCCGAACGACUGGAGAGGUCCGUCAGCCGGGGGGAAGAUCCCCGACAUGGUCUUGGCUCGAAAGCUCUACGCCUAUGGAGAACUCAAUGACUACAUGGACAGACCCAAUUUGAUUGGAUGGGUCAGAAGAGGGACCUGGGAUAGGCCGAAUGGCUGUGCCGUCGUACUGUCCAAUGCAGAAAUGGGAGAGAUUCGGAUGUAUGUCGGAACUGAACACAAAGGCGAGGUCUGGACCGACAUCAUGGGCUGGGAGUCUGGGGAGGUACACAUCGGAGAUGAUGGCUUUGGAAUGUUUUCUGUCGGGUCAUGCAGUGUCAGUAUCUUUGUAAAGAAGGAUGCGCCGGGAAGAGAGAAGUUCGGGAAGUUCAACGACCGAAUCUAUGUGUGA